AUUGACCCUGCCCUAGCCAACAUUUCCUUGUCCAUGUGUUUGCAAAAGGAGGGUAUUCCUUCCUGGGUCCUUCCGAAAGUGUCUAAAGGGAUGAUGGAGGCUGUAGGGUUGAGGGGAGAGCUUUUGAAGGGCACAAAGCAAAAUGUCAGCUCUGUAUGUUCUCCACUUGUUUGCUCUUGCACUUUGUGCCAGCACAGAGGAGUUCUGCUAUAUUAGGGCAGCCUGUGUGUUGUAAAGCUGGACUCUUGAAGGAGCAGCCUGAUUCCUGGCAAGGAGAGACAAAUAUUCCCAAAGGAUUUAUCACCAUGUGCAUCCCAGAUCUGUCUCACUCAGAAAGGGGCUUUUUCCUUCUGUCAGUGAAGCUGCCAGGCUCACAGCUGCUGAGAAGCAAGGGGUUUGAAGCUUCUGACAGCUGCAUCAAUUGCAUAGAGAUCACCUAAACAACCAGAAACAAAAAUAAACAGUAACAAAACAAUGAUUGAAAACCUCCCUCUACCAUUCAAGUAGAAGCUUUACUUUCCCACUGUGGAUUCCAUUUCUUUCUCCUUCCCUCUUUUCCCUGCAUUGUCCUUUCACCCUUUUAAAACAUCUAAAUGAAGAGAGGGGGAAAGAGCAGAGGAAAACAGCUCAGUAAAAGCCUGAAGGCAGCGAGGAGGUUUUUCUGCUUCUUCUCCAUGGUACCAAACGAGAAGGCUGCAAAUUUUCUUCUGCUUUACGCUCCUGCUCUGCAAGUGUUUGUGGUUACAGUUCUAUGCUGGCAAUUUCUGACCUGUUGUUUUGCUGCUGUGUUUGUCGUGUCGUGAAAUAAGUCCACACCAAUGCACACAAGCCCUUUCAAUCCCAGGCACUGCCUCCAGCUCUGGGCUCUUCCCUCAGACUUACAGAUUGCAGGGUCUUUUUGGGCACUCGGAGUAUUCUGGAAGACAUAAAGAAAGGAGCAGAGGGUGUUGGAGCCAGCAGCAGAACAGAGGCACCGCUUAGAGCUGCAGAAGCAGGAGCAGGAGGCUGGGCAGCGAUGACGGCCAGAUUUAAUGGGGAGGAGCCAGGGCCAGCACGGCACUGGGGCUCAGCGCUUGGCUCCAGUCAAUGCAUUGGGUGCGUGGAUGCGGGAGAGAAAUAAAUGAAGAGUCAUAGCGAAGACAUCUUUGCAGCCAAGGGAAAGGGAACUGACGUUGGGGAUCGCUGGAGCGGGGAGCAGAGGGAGCCUGCUGGGUCUGCCUUCCACCCGCAGCAAGCUAACAUCUGGGCACAGCUGUUUCCCGGAGCCCUUUCUGCCGCUGCACGUCGCCUUCUUUGGCGGCCAUGGAGUCGAAUGGCAGUUUCCUCGGUUGCAACAGCUUGAAAGAUGACAAGGACCUGAAGUUCCUCUUGAAAGGCAGCCAGCUGCUAAAAGUGAAGUCCAGCUCUUGGAGGAAAGAGCGGUUUUAUAAGCUCCAGGAGGACUGCAAAACCAUAUGGCAGGAAUCAAAGAAGAUGCUGAGGUCUCCAGACUCCCAGAUCUUCUCUAUUGAAGAUAUUCGGGAUGUGAGGUCAGGCCAUAAAACAGAAGGUAUGGAAAAAUACGCCAAGGAUGUACCAGAGUAUCGCUGCUUUUCCAUCAUUUUCAAAGACCAGCGGAAAAACCUGGACCUCAUUGCAAGUUCAGAGGAUGAUGCCAACCACUGGGUCUGCGGCCUUGGGAAAAUCAUAGCCCACAGCAACUCCAUGAACCAGAAAGAGAAACUCCAACAUUGGAUUCACACCUGCUUGCGGAAAGCUGAUAAGAACAAAGACAACAAGAUGAGCUUUAAAGAGCUCAAGAACUUCCUGAAAGAAGUGAACAUUGAAGUGGAUGACUAUCAUGCCAAGCAGAUUUUCCAGCACUGUGACAAGUCCAAAACAGAGGCUCUGGAGGAUGAUGAGAUAGAGGUAUUUUACAAGAUACUGACAGAGAGAAAGGAAAUAGACUCAGUCUUCCAAAAGUACUCUGAUGCAGAUGGGCUCAUGUCCUGCCAGAACCUGGUGAGGUUCCUCCAUGACAUUCAGAAAGAAGAUGAUCCUGUUGUUGCUGCUCCUCCCUUAAUUCAGAAAUAUGAGCCCAGUGAACGAGCCAAGAAGCGUAACGCCAUGACCAAAGAUGGUUUCCUGAUGUACUUGCUGUCUGAUGAUGGGAAUAUAUUCAACACCUCCCACCGUAAAGUUUACCAGGACAUGACUCAACCUCUCAGUCACUACUUUGUAUCAUCCUCACACAAUACCUACCUAAUGGAUGACCAGCUUACAGGCCCUAGCAGCACAGAAGCCUACAUCAGAGCCCUCACCAAAGGUUGUCGCUGUGUGGAGCUGGACUGCUGGGAUGGCCCUAACUCGGAACCUAUCAUUUAUCAUGGCUACACUCUCACCUCCAAGAUCCUCUUCUGUGAUGUCAUUAAGGCCAUCAAGAACUAUGCUUUCAAAACUUCACCAUACCCUGUCAUCAUCUCCCUGGAGAACCACUGCAGCCUCGACCAGCAGAAAGUCAUGGCUCAGCACAUGACAACGAUCCUGCAGGACAUGCUCCUGGUCGCCCCGAUUGAUGGAAACAAAUCCCAGUUCCCCUCUCCAGAGCAACUGAAAGGGAAGAUCCUUGUGAAAGGCAAGAAGCUGAGCAGACAGGAAGACCCCACUGGGACAAAUGGGAACAACAACCUGGAGGCUGAGGAUGUCUCUGAUGAAGAUGAAGCGGCUGAAAUGGAAGAUGAAUCUGUGAAGACAGAGGUGCAGCAGAAAGGGAAGAGUGACACCCUCAAGCUGGCCAAAGAGCUGUCAGACACAGUUGUCUACUGCAAGAGUGUUCAUUUCAAUGGCUUUGAAGACCCCAGCCACCCUCGGGCUUUCUAUGAGAUGUCAUCGUUCACAGAGAGCAAAGCUCUGAAACUAGCUCAGGAGUCUGGAAACAGUUUUAUUCUUCAUAACAUCAGGCACCUGAGCCGAAUAUACCCUGCAGGCUGGAGGACAGAUUCUUCCAACUACAAUCCUGUUGACUUGUGGAACGUCGGCUGCCAGAUUGUUGCCCUAAAUUUCCAGACAGGAGGCACAGAAAUGGAUGUUUACCAGGGCCAGUUCCAGGACAAUGGGUUUUCUGGGUAUGUCUUAAAGCCGGAAUUCCUCCGGGAUGAGCAAACCAAAUUCAAUCCAAAAUCCAUCACAGAAGGAACAUGGGGGACAAAGAAGAAGCUUCUACUUAAAAUCAUCUCUGGUCAGCAGCUGCCCAAAGUAAACAAGAGCAAAAACUCCAUCGUUGAUCCUAGGGUGACAAUUGAGAUCCAUGGUGUCCAACAGGAUAACAACAAGAAGCAGACCAGAGUCGUUGAAAAUAAUGGCUUCAACCCAAACUGGAAUGAAGAGUUUAUAUUUGACAUAGAGAUCCCUGCGCUUGCCUUGGUCCGAUUUGUGGUAGAAGACUUUGACGUGUCAACCAAGAACGACUUCAUUGGGCAGUAUACUGUUCCCUUCACCAGUCUGAAGCAAGGUUACCGCCACAUUCACCUUCUGACCAAGAAUGGAGAUCCGUACUCCUCCUCCACCCUCUUUGUGUAUGUCAGCAUCCAGGACUGUGAUUAAUAGCUCAGCUCUUUCAGGGUGCGUUGGACCAUCUUACAGACCUAGAAGGAACUCAGCACGUGUCAUCUGCCACUGUCAGGGUCCCAUCAAACCCCCAGUGCCUUCUCCAGAGCGGCACACAGUGCCCACGGGGUCCUGACGUAAAAUAGCCAUCGACUCCCUCCCUCCCUCCUGCGAGUUGGAAACAUCCUAAUGCUGCUGUUGAGAUUAAUCCUUUUGUACCUGUCCAACCAAUCCAGUUGUGUUUUUGAGUUCACUUCAUAUAGUGUGGUUUUUAAUUCUGCUUUUAGUAAGAGGAUAGAGGCUCCUUUUUAGCAAAUCCUGGUUUGGGUUUGGUCAUGCAUUUGGACAAAAUACCUAACAUCCAUGCAAGAAAAGCUCAUCUUGACACUAAAAUCAGGAGCCGGACACCAGGUGACUUCUUGCAACUUCAGCUGUCAGCCAUCCUUUACCAUAUGAAGUCCUAAAGGAGGACACGAUUCUCCUCUUAUCUGUUACAGAUUAAAACAAGAAAGCUGCACUACAAAGGGCCGUGUUAUAUAACUUGACUUUCUUUUUGUAUUGUAAUAAAAAAUACAUGAAUACUGCUCUGCCUGUGUGCCUGGCUUCCAGCCAGGUCGCUUUGCAUUCAGAGCCUGGCUCUUAUUCUGUGAAGGAGAACAAAAACUGCCGAAUGGCAAAUUUCCCUCUAUCCCAAAGUGAAACCCACUCAGAGGGACCUCAGAAAAUGUCUUUCGCCGAUGAGAGUGGAAAUAAAUACACUGAACUGACAGUGGGGCUUUUUUGUUUCGUUUUGUUUUUAUAGGAAGAUCUUUUUUAACCCAGAGGAAGCAGUGGUAGAAAGAGUGUUUAUUGCUAGCUUGGUCCCAUUGCACUGCAGAGGUAACCCAGCACAAGCAUUCAAAAGGGUUUUGAACAACAACCCAGUAUUUAUGGCAAAAGGUGUUUUUUUGGUUUUUUUUUUGUUUUGUUUUGUUUUUUCUAGCACAACAGUGGAGUUAAGUGAAUAUUGUUGAAAUAAAAUAAUAUAUAUUUUGAAGCUCCUAUGAUGUUACUAACACUGUGUUAGACUAUUAAAAAAAAAUCUGGAAAAGUCCAAUUACUUGUCACUGUUUGCCUCUUUGGCUUACCCGAAUGCAACAUGCAUGAACUUGGAGACAUACCCACUAAAUUAUGACUUUUGUCAGUCUUCCUGGGGGUUUGCAUGGCUGGCGUUGAAGUGGGUGGGCUGCUACCAAAAUGGUUCAUUUCCUUGUAAGCAAAUUCCACUCUACACCUUUUUUGAGUCUGAAAUGGUGUGGAUUUAGUGAUCUUUGGGCCCACUGCAAAACGGGGCUUCCUUCAGUCCAACCUGGAGUUUGUUAUGCUGUAAUUGUUGGACAAACUGAUUUUUCCUCCUCACUAUAAUAAUCUGUGAUGUUGUAAACCAUUGCCAGAUUAAAUGUGAAUUAUAUCCACACCCAAAA